AUGACGGGCAUUCUCACCACCUUGCGACUCACAGCGGCAUCGCGAGGCGGCAGAGCACGAUUCUGCUCUGCGGUGCUUGGCUUCGGUGGCGGCUGUGAGCUGUUGGCAGGCGGCAGCGGUGGAGGCAUCGCGACUCUCAACGGCAUCGCGAGCUGGGGGAGGCUGGUUUUGAGCUCCGUUGCUUGCUGGCUUCUUACAAUGCCACCGCCUACCAGGUAUGCCGUCAAGGACUCUCUGAAGGCACCGGUUCCGUCUUGUCCACAUUGGGACGCCAAUCUGGUGUGGACAUGUCAUUCGAAAGAGUUGGGGUCGGUCGCUGUGCCUUUUAUGCAACGCGAGAAGUCGGCAGGCUCAGUCUGCCAUCACUUUGACUUCCUGAAAUCACUUUGCAUCCCUUUUUCUUUUUCAUCGCUCCGCCGCAUCUGGCGACGACGCGGAGAUGAAAGCUACGCAGAGAAUGGCAAUGGACUCCAACAAGCGAUGUUUGCCGCGCAAAAUCACCCAAAGAAACUCUCAAAGCAAUCAAGGCCGGCAAUGAAGCAAGAAUGUGGACUCAUCAUACUCAUGUUCUUCAAGCUUCUCGUCCUAAACGCAACACCCAUGACAAGCUCAACACCCGGAGACUCAUCUCCCCCAGAUCAACACAACCCAGACAAUGCCAGCUCCUCAACACUUUCGCCUCCAUCAUCAUCCACACUCGCAAAUCGAUCUUCAGAAGGAUCACCAUCUUCUUCCGAAACGAAAGCGCCAAAGACCUCAACAAUCAACAAAACUUCCUCUUCUUCCCCUCCCCCAUCUUCCAAAACCUCUCCAAUAAAACUCCACACCGACGAACUAACCUUCACCCACGGCCUCAAAUCCCACAACCCCUUCUCCAAACUCCGCCACCCGAAGCACGCGAUCACCACGCAUCAACGUGAUUCUCUCGCCUAUGCCAUAGACAACAAUCUCGUGAGCGCGGAAACCAAACAUAAAUUUUCUGAACAGCAUGCUUGGUUUUUUCAGGGAGGGGAUAAAAAGACGAGUCUAUAUGAGAUACGGGUGUAUGAUGCUGUGAAGGCGAGUGAUGGGAUUGUGCUGGAUGAGACGGCGAGGGGGGAUCAGGUUGCGAGGAGGUAUAGGGAUGGGAGGAGGUGUGGGAGUGGACUUUUGGGGGAGGAGGGUGGGGAGGUUCACAAGAUUCGCAAACGUCGCUUUCCCCUCCGUACCUCCGCCCUCCAGCCUCAUAGUCUACCUUUACAUCAGCGAAAACCUUACACCAAUCGAAAGCAGCAAACCAGGAAAAUGACACCCCUCCUCCCCCCACCCCCGCAAUCUCCUCAACUCCCACCACCACCACCAUCCAUGGCGCGAACGGGACGAACUCGGAGACCCAUUGCGCCGACGAAUGCGGCGAAGGUCGAGGAGGAAACCAUUCCGGGCGAGGCCGCAGGAGUCGUAGUCGUAGUCGUCGCAGAAGGUUUGGAGUUUUUGGAGGAAUUUGAGGAGGGGAGGAGGAGAGAAGGGGAUUUGGAGGGGGUGGGAGAGGAGGAGCGGGAGUUGUGCGUGAGGAGAGUCACGGUUCAGAAGGAGAUGGGAAAGAGAGGAUGGUGUUGGUAUGGUGGUACACUUUUGUAUUCAAAUCAUGAAACUGGCUCCAGUGUCACGAAUGCUGAAUCGGCGCACAAGCUCUGA